CUCAUUACAGGAUUGAGAAAACGUUGGAUUUUGCCCCCUAGAAAUCACCAUCGUUUUAAUGACCGUCACAUCCCCGUGAAUUCGCCUCUCACAGGUUGCAACCGGCAUUACUCAAACAUAUGAGAUUUCAGUCUACUAAAGGCACUAUCCCACGACAACUUGGUACUUAUGAAUUGUUCUACAAUGAAACAUUGACAUUUUGAUUGAAUAAUUAAUUGAUUGUAAUUAAAGAAAUUAUCGAAGAUCUCUAGCAUCGAUCCGGGUACGAAUCUGUUAUUAUUUCUACCUAUGUUUGCUGACUGCAAAUACUCUAAUAUAAUUAGAGUAUACUCGCGUAUAUAGUCCCAGGCAGCUCCUAGGUUGGAAAUAGUAGGAGAAUUGUUGAUCGACACCCCAAAAUGGUACCUACAUACCUACAACCUACUCCUAUGUUGGUAUUUCGUUUUACCCAAGUAAUUAUAUACCAAUGGUUGGCUAUCAUGUUCAGGAAUCCCUGCGUCGUAUACUGCAGACCAUGAAUGUCAAGUUAGUCGUAUUGUACGACCUAUUUGUAGAGGUACCGAUGUACUUGGACUUCAGGCGUAAGGAUAUACGAAUUCGAAUUUGAUGCAUAACAAUGGAAGUCCUUAGGAAGAUGGAAAUGAUUGCAGUAAAACAUCAACAAAAUUUUUAUGAACUUCUGCCUGACUGGUUUUUAUACAAUGAUAAUGACUAUGAUUUUAUAAGACAACAAAUUGGAUUGGCUUUAUUAGGUCCUAAUAUUGAUGAAAAUAGAGAAAACAAUAUUAUACAUGACAAUGAAAUGUUAACAAGAGUCACAUAUGAUAACAAAUCAUGUAAAAUUAUUAAUGCCAUACAUAAGCAAGUACUUAAUUAUGGCAAACAAACAAAUAAUAAUGGUACCAGUUUUAUUUAUUUGGGUGUAAUAUAUAAUAUUUCUUUCUGUCACAAUGCAUCUAAAAAUGGUACUGUUGCAACGCCCAAUGAGAUAUAUGCGUUACCAAUAUUUAAAAUAAAAAGGGAUAUAGAUACUAUAUGGUAUAUUGAUAUUGCUGCUAGAGUAUACAAAAGUUGGGAAGAUUAUUUAAAUAAUAAUACUUUACCAAAAUGUUUAAUGGUUGUACCAAAAAAUGGGAAGUAUCAAUGCAACUUUCAUUCUAAAGUUACAAAAUAUUCUUCAACUGUAUGGUUAGAAACAUUAAAGUCACCUGCCUGUAAAAGUUCAAAGACUGCGCUUAAAGCUGUUGAUGCUACCGUUAACGUGUUAGGUAUUGCUUCAACUGUUGGAAUUGGGGCUGCAGCCCUUUUGACUCCUGUGGGACCUGUAUUAACUGCCACAAGUUUGUUAACUUGUGGUGUAAGUGGAAUAUGGAAUUUUGGUCGAGGUGUAACAAAAUUAGUAGACCUUGGCAACCAUAAACAAUCUGUAAAGCCUACAAAUUUGAGUGCCUUGUCUGCAUGGAUUGGAAUAAGUACCUCAGGUUUAACUAUUGCAGCAAAUAGUGGAACUAUACUUUUAUCAAAAGCUAUUUCAAAUGGCUCUAAUAUCAGUAAAGCAGCUAAGGCAGCCCAUGACUCAGUCACAUUAAGUAAUCUUACAGUUAAUGGAAUUGGUAUAGCCUUUCAAGGAUAUUAUUUAAUUGACCAAUAUAAAACAAAGAAGGAAGUUGAUUUUAUAGACAUACUUAUGUUCAGCUCACAUGUUUUAUUCUUUAGUAAUGCUAUAGUAAAUAUGAAAUUAGCUGGUGAGCUUAUAAGAACAUCGAAUGGAACUGUUUUCGAGAAAUUUAAUAACUCACUACGUUUUAAACGCUUUCAAGCAGAGUAUAAUAGAAUCAAUAAUAUAAACGACAGCAAUAGCAAUGGAAUAAUUCAGAGACUUAAGAUAAUUACUAAUAAGAUGCAUAUUUUAAAUAUUUUCAAUACAGGAAGCUUGAAUAAACAUAUUCAAUUAAACUUCCAAAAUGGCAAGAUCCAAAUAAAUGGUAUAACCUUAGUAGACCCUACUCUACUGGCACAGCAGUUACUAACAACUGGAGCAGUUGCACUCAUAUCAGAUCAAUUUUCAUCACAGAAUGAGAAGACAAUGUCUGUAUUGAAAAAUUUAUUCUCAGAAUUGCUAAAAAAUUUUUAUUCUGAGCAGUCAACUGUUUUGGAUGAAAACUCACAAAACACUGAUCAUUUUCAUGACAUGCUCACAGAAAUGAGAUGUAUGAAUGAGAAUAACGCUAAAAAUAUUUUGAGAAUGGUUUUCAAAAUGAGUGUACAUUUGGCACGGUUUCAAGGAGAUCCUGUGCAAUAUCUGGACAAGGCCAUUUUGUUUAUGUGGGAAUAUGCUAAGACAAACCUAAAGCAAAACUGUUUGGACACGUGUACUAUUUUCAAAGCUAAUACUACUGUAUACAAUAUCCUGAUCAAAAUUGUUACAAAGGUAUUUGAACUUAUUGAUGAAUUGACCUAUGAUUUACUCUCGGCCUUUCAUUCAUUCAUAUCAAAUGUAGUGCCUUCACACUGUUCACACUAUGAAUGUUAAGAUAAAUGAUUUUUUAUACUUCCAUAAUUUUUGUACGCGUAGUUUAUCAUUGAGAUUAUUGUUGUAUUUUGUACUCUAAUCGUUUAAGUGCCACGGAUUUUUGCAAUAACCCAGUGGAAAACUGUUGAGCGUAUCAACUCAGAAACUGAAUUACGCUUUUCUAUUUUUAUAUUAAACAAUUCUAAAUAGUAGGAUCGUUCCGUUUUCCAUUUCUAAGCAAGUAAUGACGAAACUAAAAAUAAACGAUUAAAAGGAAAAAUCUAAUUAGAUUCUACAAACUUAAUAAGAUAGCACUUUUAGGCAGUCUAGCGGAAAAGCCGUUUGGUACUCAAACGUCUACCUUUUUAAAGCAGAGAAAUAAAGA